ACACACCAGCAAAAAAAUAUAAAUAUAAAUUAAACGUAAUAAAUAAAUGUAUAAUUAGGCCUAAACGGCACACAAAUGACUAAUGGAUAAUAAAAAAAAAAUGGCAAUGUAUGAAUAAUUCACAGUAGCCUAGUUGACUCAACAAUAAUUAAUACAUAUAAUUUGGCCUAAAACGGCAUACAACUGAAUGAUAGUGAAUGUAUACUAAUAAUUGCCUUUGAGGACUAUAAAUGACUAUAAUACUACAUAACAUGGCCCGAACGGCGCACAAAUGAAUAAUAACAAACACAAUAAUAAUGAAUAUAAUAAUAAUGUAUAGUGACCUAAAAGGCACACAAACUAAAUAUAAUAAUGUAUACUAAAUAAUUGCCUUUGAACGCUAGGCCCGUCGGCCUUUACACACUUAUAACAAACACAAUCAGUGGCAUAACUAUGGGGUAGCGAGGGGUAGCGGUCGCGACCCCCAAAAUUAUUAUGGGGUCGCAAGAGUAUCAUUUUGCUACCCCAAAAAUAUUUAUAUAAUUUGAUAAAAAAAAAUCGUCGUAUUAUAGAUCGUAGCAUAUCAUGAAAAAAAAAUUAGUUGUGAAUUUUCAUGUCACCGAGUAACUGAUAAGUGAUAACAGUAUAACUACAAAAUAUAACCCAGACAGUCGUGGUAGCACUGGUAGCACAGAACAAUUGAUAACAUAAACAUUUUUAUGUUAUCUCAUUAUCUGUAUUCUAUGAUAAUUCAAAAACAUUACAAUAACGACUAACGAGAAAAUGGUUUAUCCUUGUUAACAUUUUAAAUUGUUAUUUGUUUUAUCAUUUUGAAUUUUGAUUUGUUAUUAUUAUUUGUAGUACUAUUGUAGCGUGGACUGUGGUUUUACUUCAAAACUUUUUAUCAUUUUUAUUGACUUGACAAAUCUUAGUAUUUCGUCAAAAUGAGCUUAUUAAAAUGGCUUUCUGGCUCUAAAACAAAAGCCAACAGGGAUCACAGUACUGAAAGUAUAGGUAGUUCAUACAAUCCACGAACACGAUUUAAAUCGGAAUUAACGCAAUCAUCACUACUACCAGAUUCAGAUCCAGAAUGUGCUUCAUAUUCUGGAUGUAGUGUCAUACAUGAAGACGAUCCAGCAUCAGACAUUAAAGGAGCUUAUGAAAAAGUACUACAAAAUAAAGGACCAUUUCAACCAAAGGAUAUCAAGUUUGAAGUGAACAAAAACCGAUCAUUUCUUAUCUUUUGGUAUGAUUUAUAUCCAUGGUUAGAGUACAGUCCUACUAGUCAGGCAGCUUACUGUUAUUCAUGUAGAGCGUUUCCAAGUCUAACUAACAAAGCAUGUAGGGGUCAACAUACUGAACCAGCAUUUGUUAAUGUUGGCUUUAAAAACUGGCCUAAAGCUAUAAGAAGUUUUAAUAAACAUCAAUCUAGUAUUCCUCACAAAGAAUCUACAGUAAAAAUAGCUGGACUGAAAUCAACUGUAAUUGUUGGUGAUGUGACCGUCCAAGUAAACAAACAAUAUAGCAUAGAAGUUGAAAAUAAUAGAUUAUAUUUUAAUUGCCUGUUAGAUAGCUUAUUGUACUGUUGUCGACAAGGUAUUGCCGUUAGGGGUCAUCGGGAAGAUGAUAACUCUUUAAAUAAAGGUAAUUUCUUGGAACUUAUGGAAUUAAGAGCUAAAGAUAAUAGUAUUAUUAAACAAUACUUUAUUGAAAAAGAAAAAAGUUUUAGAUAUGUAAAUCCUUCAUACUUAAAUAUGUUUAUAGAGUACAUGGGGAAAGAUGUUUUACAAUCAAUAAUUAGAGAUAUCCAGGAUUCCAAAUUUUUUAGUAUUAUGGUUGAUGAAACACAGGACUUGGCUAAGCAUGAGCAAGUGGCCAUAUGUAUUCGAUAUGUUUCAAAACUAUUUAUUACCCAUGAAGUUUUCUUGGGCUUUUAUCGCACCGAUAAAACUGAUGGUGAAACGUUAGUAAAUCUUAUAAAACAGUUUUUACAAACAAAUAAUUUAAGUAUUCAAAACAUCAGAGGACAGUGUUACGAUGGUGCUGCAUCUAUGCGAGGUUCAUAUACAGGUGUCCAAGCUAGAAUCCGAUCGGAAAAUAAAUUUGCUAUUUAUGUGCAUUGUUAUGCACAUAUUUUAAAUUUAUGUCUUGUAGACCUUUCGAAACAAUCAUCAUUUGUAAGAAAUACAUUUGGAACUCUACAAACUUUAUAUUCAUUUAUGGGUGCAUCAUCAAAGAGAAAUAGUGUUUUUGAAAAAAUAUUAUCAACAAGUUCAAUAAAUGUGUCCCAAAAAACUAAAUUAAAAUCUUUAAGCGAUACAAGGUGGAACUGUCGCAUUGAAGCAAUCAAUUCAGUUAUUAACACUUUGCCUGUUAUUGUUCAAACACUACAAAAUAUUUCUGAUAAUGAUGUGAAUUAUGGAUCAGAAGCAAACAAUUUAUUGAAUUGCAUACUUCAUUUUGAAUUUAUAUUUUGUUUGUUUUUAUUAAAAACUGUGCUUGAACAAACAAACAUACUCUCUAAAUAUUUACAGUCACCAUCAAUAAACUAUGCACUUGUAAAGGAAAUGUCAAUCAAAACUUACGACUCAUUGCAAGACUUACGUUCAGAUGAAAGUUUCAUUAAAUGUUGGGAAUCCUCGCAAGAUUUGGUAAAAAAUAAUGGAUUUCUACCACCAAAACUUCCUCGUAAUAGAAAGAUUUCCUAUAAAAAACUUGGAGGUGGUCAUGUUUUUCCAGAGUUUCAUGAUGAAAAGUCCUAUUACCGGAUCUCCAUUUAUUUUCCAGUUUUGGAUAUUGUCAUGAAAGAAAUCAAAGAUAGAUUCAAUGAAAAUGAUCUUUCCAUAUUAAACUCACUGAUGGAAACACUGACAAAUGAAAGCCCUAGUCAAUCUUCAAUUCAAGAAGUGUGCAAAUUCUAUGGACCAAAUGAAGAUGACUUAACUGCUGAAUUAAAAAUAUUUAACAAAAUGUUUAAAGGCUAUGGCAAAGAAAAUAACAUUGAAAAUAGAAUAUUAUAUUUGAAAAACAAAGAUAUUCAAAAUGGUUUCCCAAUUAUAGUUGAAUUGUUACAAAUUUUUUUAACCAUUCCCACUAGCAGCGUAUCAUGUGAAAGGUCAUUUUCUUGUUUAAAAAAACUAAAAAACUACUUGAGAACUACUAUCGGUCAAGAACGUCUUUCUAACAUGGCUAUAUUAUACAUCGAAAGACAGAGAAGUAAACAACGAACAAAUAAUCAAUCUUUUUAAUGAGAACAAAAACCGAAAAAUAGAUUUAGAAUAGUAAUUAUUUUUAGUAAUUUUUGUAUUGUAAGAGUUCCUAUAAUAUUUAUUUAAACU